AUGGGCAAGAAGGAGGAGCCCAAGGAGGUCGCCGUGCCCGUGCCGAUCGAGCCCGAGAAGCCGCCGGCGCCGACCGGCUACGAGCUCGUCUUCAGCCUCUUCUCCCAAGACGACACCACCGCGCUCCUAUCUGCCGCGACGACGGCGGACGCGCAGGCGACGCUGCAGCGCCUCCUCGGCGUGAACCACUACGCGACCAAUGCGCGGAGCCGCGCGCACGUCGACCUCUGCCACUAUGCGCUGGCGUUUUGCAAGCAAGCGUUCGCGUCCGACGUGCAGAAGACAGCGCUGAUGCUUCUUGUCGUCCACCGCCUCUUUACGACGGCGACGACGACGGAAGCGACCUUGUCCGAGACGUACCACGAGCUCACGACGUUGCUCACGCAGCACAGCGUCGAGCUGCCACCGACGCACGUCGGCAUCUUCUCGACCAGCGACGUCCAGCGCAUCGUCGAGUACCUCGGGAGCACCUUCUUCCAGCACUACGCCGCCUACCAAGUGGCGUUCCGGUGCAUCCCUGACGUCGUACGCACAACGCAGCACGUCGUCAUCGAGACGCCAAUGACGCCGACACCGCUCGCAGGUGCCACGAAGCUCGAGAGUAGCGGUCCUUGAUCGAUCGGAUACAUGCGGCAGGGACGAGGACGGCGUAGCAUAGGUUUAGGUUUAGAUAUGUAAGACAAACGACACGAUUGUGCUUAGAGGCGGCAGCG